CGCUACUAGGGAAGAAAGAGAGAGAGAGCCGUGCAGGUGGGUGCAGCAGACCAAGAUUGACCGACAGAGGUAGCUGUGCUUCGAGUGAGGCAAGUAGCUAUUGAGCGACCGCCAUAGCUUUUAGGUUAUCGCAGAAAGGGAAUAUCGCUUCGCCUUGUCUUACCCCGUAGCAGCCUUGCUCUUGUCCGCGCUGUGUAGCAGGCAGGCUCAUCACUUAGACCAGGACGCCUCGUACGGCGGCACAUACGGCCGUAGCAGAGCCACCAGCUGUAGACUAGCAGCAGCAUGCAAGGCGCCGCAAUUCUCGCAAGGACAGCAGGUGCUCGAUUCUCUAGAACCAACCCUACCCGCUUGACACGUCCCGCGGAGCAUCGCCAAGUUAGAUAAACCCCGACACACUCGCCCGUCCACUCCACUCUCGUUUCAACACCACGCCGCAUGCGGCGUCGCGUUGUUAGCUCCCACUCGACCCACUCCAUCAUUACCCGCCUAUCCCUCCUAACCCCGUUGGUAAUCGCCGUCGUUAGCAGCGCCCAAGUCGCAUCAUGACGGUGCCCAAGUCGCUCCAGGACCGAAUCAGGUCCAUGGAUUCGCUCACGUCGCCUAGCGAGAUGGCGGCAGCUCUGCGCGCUGCCCGACGGGGCGCCGCGGGGAGACCCGCCGGUGGCAGCAGCAGCAGCAGCAGGCCCAGCAGCGGCGGCAGCAGUGCGGGGAAGCCCCCCAGCACCAGCAACAGCAACAGCAACAGCAAUAGCAAUAGCACCAGCAGCGACAGACACAACAGGAGCAGUUUUGAGGCGCGCGAACGACGAGUCGACCCGAGGCACGCUGGUCCGCCACGCGCCUUACCGUCGCGGAGCUCUCGCCCGAACGCGGAGCCGCCGAGCGCCCGACACGCCAUGAGACCUGCCGCCGAGGGGGAACACGGGGGCGGGGGAGGACGACGAGACGGAGAUGGAGGGAGAGAAGGAGGUAGAGAAGGAAAUAGAGGAGGGAGAGAAGGAGGGGGAAGGGAAAUUCGAGACGCUAGUUCUAGAGAUUGCGGUGGGAGGUUACAAGGAGAAGAACCAGUGGAGGCGUAUAUACCGGAGGUCGGAGAGGGCGGACGCACCACAGCAUCUCGCAGCAGCAGAGCACGCCGCGCGGGCGGAGGCGGCGGAGGAGGCGGGAGCGGCGGCGGGAACGGCGGGAACGGCGGGAGCGGGGCGGGGCCGUGCGAGGACGCGCAGUCGCUGGGGCUCAACAGAGCGCCGCCGCCCGCGGAGCACCUGCUGCCCUCCGCCGCCAGCGACGCCAGCGGAAGCGGAAGCGGAGGCGGAAGCGGAACGGCGCAGCUGCUUCCCCGCCUCGUGAUGUCCCGCGCGAGCGCGCAAGAAGGGUCGCGGGAAGAUGGGGCGCGGAGACUGUCGCUGGACGUUUACUCGUCGAGGAGGCAGGUCGCAGAAGGCGGCGGCGAGACCGGCAAUCGCGGCGGCGGCGGGGAGGCGGGCGCGAUGGGUCUUCGGGACGACGAGCUGUCCGCAAAGUCCGGCCGCUUCUCGGGGCACAUGGCGGCAAUUCGCCGGCUGCAGAGCGUGCGCCGGGCCGACCUAGUUGCCGGCCUGCUGUCGGACGGCAACUGGCCGGCAGGUCUGGCUAUGGACGACCGAGUGAAACUGGACCGCUUCGCCGCGCUUUUCCCGUCCCACUCCUACCGGAACUCCUCCUCCUCCUCCGCUUCGCUCUCCGCGUCCCUCGUCGCCGGUAUCCCCGUCUUCUCCGUCUCCACCGCCGCGCAAUGCGGCGGGAGGGGCAGGCGGGACAGCUAUUCCAGCGAGGGGUGCCUGCUGAACUACUACGUCUUCCUGCAAAUGCUGUUUCUCGACGUCUUCUGGGCGUCGCUCGCCUCUAUGCUGCAGUCCUCCGCGGAGGCGGUGCGGCAGAUUCAUAAGCUGGGGUGCGAGGACGUGGACAGGCUGCUAUGGGGGCUGGAACUGGGCCGCUCGAGCCGCGACGGCCAGCGCAAAAGCCACGACUCGGACGUUGUCCCGAAAGACGUUUCCAAGGUGGCUGAGCGUAUAGUGAGUGUGCUUAUAGAGGGCGCGAAUGGCGGCCGGGGUGUGCAGGGGAGCCCGCGGGGAGCGGAGGGAGCGGGUUCUUCCGCCUCCGCUUCCGCCUCCGCCGGUGCCGCUGGCGCAACUGGUGGUUCCGCCAGGGAAGGGUUGCGGGGUGUGCUUCCCGCGCUAACGCUUGCGGCGGGGAGCCUAACGCGGAACCCAUCGCAGGGGGACCUCAGGUCGUCGUCGUUCCUCGCGCUCGCCAUAGGCGCGGGCACGGAUGCGAAAGAUGCGAAAGACGCGAAAAAUGCGAAAGAUGCGACGACUCCGCGAGAGAGUGGCGGAGGUCUCGGGCUCGGCGGGAGCAGAAGCGGGAGGUGGCGCGGGGGUCAGGCUGCGGAGAGGGAAAGAGAUGGGCGAGACGGGCGAGAUGACCCGUACGGCCGUGAGAAUGGACGGUCGGAAGCAGGAGCUGGUUACCAGCCUCGCGACAGUGGCAGUUUCGCCGAUAGUGUUGGGAUGCCGAGAAGCGGGCGUGACGAUGGCAGGCGGGAUGAACCGAACGAACGGCGGGACAGAGACGAGCGGUCGGGGAGGUAUGAGGGAGGGGGCAGGGGGAAGGGCGAGGAGCUCGGCAUACGGGGCGCGGAGGAGGGGGGCCGGAACGACAGGCGCGAGGAGUCGAGGGGGGACCGGGACGCGGAGGCACGACGGGGGACGGGGAGGGACGAUGCGCGAGAGCGGUGGGGGGGGAAUGAUGAUGGUGACCGUUUGGGCGGCGGAAGGGGAGGGGCGGAAGGGGUGGGGGAGAGUGGGGAGCGCGGGAGCAGCAGUCGUCGGAGAGAGGAGAGGCGGGAGGCGGAGCGAGAGGCGAGGAGAGAGGCGGAGAGGGAGGAGCAGCAGCGGCAGCAGCGGCAGUGGCGGAGAGGCGACGACCCCGCAGCACUGACGGCUGAUGCGUCCAAGCGCUUCGAGAAGACGCUGUUCGGCGGUGCGGGAGGAGGAGCGGGAGGAGGAGGGGGGCUAUCCCGCCUUCGCUCGCUUUCCCCGCUGCGCUCCACCUCCCCGCAUCGUCCCGUCCCGGCCGUUUCCCCAGUCUCCCCCUACCAAUCCCCUCAUACGGCCGCGCCGAUGCCUCCAUACCGUGCGCCAGAGGCGGCGCUCCCCCCCGCGCCGAUGACUCCGCGCUCGCCCGUGGCUGGCGGAGACUCGGGCGCGCGGACUGCGGACGGCGGAAGGUGGGGCAGAGAGCAGCGGUGGCAGGAGAUGGCGCAGCAGGAGAUGAAUCAGAUCUCGCCGGGACGAUUCCCGCCGGUAUCUCCCCGCGCGCUUCCCCCGGGUUCCCCUUACUACCAACCCUCUGCUGCCUUGCAAUCGCCGCGGACUGCGCCGAUGUCCCCUCACGCGCUUUCCGCCUCCCCGCGCGCGCCAAUGUCCCCGCUUGCUCCCAACUCCCCGUACAUGGUAACUUCCCCACUUGCCUCCGUCCCGCCAUCCCCGUACGCGCCAAUGUCCCCAUACGCUGCUCCCGCGCGCGGAGGGGUUUCCCCUGCUUCACCUGCCAUUACACCUGCGCCGAAGCUGACCCCGCUGAAGCUACCGCCAGGAAGGUCGUUGACACAGCAGCCGCAGCAACCGCAGCAGCAGCAGCCUUCUAGCCCGUUGGCUGCAGAGCCCAAGCCAAGCCCUUUGGAAGCUAGGAAGCCGCCUGCACUGGAUAUGGCUGAACCACGCACGCCCACUGCUGCUGGCGUCGCCAGUCGCACUGCCGCCGCCGCCGCCGCUGCUGCUGCUCCGUGUAGCCCUGCUCCGCACUAUUAUCAACCUGGCGACUCGCCAAGGCACCCUGGUGCUGGUGCCCCUUGGGAUGCGGGUCUGGGUGGUGGCUAUAGGAGCCCAGCCAAUGUGCCGGUUCCAGCUCAGUCCCCGUACCAGCGCAGCGUGUCACCGAUUCACGGUGCAGCAGCAGCAGCGGUGGCAGCAGCAGCACCAGUGUCGCCUCGCCCCAGCGACAGCAACAAGAGCAGCUCCCUCUACCGGAGCUCGCCCACCCGGCAUGAGAGGUUCAAGAUGCUUUACCAGAAACAGAAGCAACAGAGGCCUGCAGCCAGACCUUCCCCCAGGUACACUCCAUCCCAGGUUCCUCAACCAGCUCAGCAGCAGAUGCCAGCCCGACCAGACGCGAUUCCUCGCUGUGCAACACCUCCCCGAGAAACGCUAGCCAAGGUCAACAGCUUCCAGCCUUCCCCACUACUCUUGCCUACUGCACCGCCUCCCCGGUCUCCGUCACCGUGGUCUGCAUCGCCUGCUGCUGCACCUGGUGCUGGCAGGUCGCCUCAGCCCAGGAGAUCCCAGGCGUCCUCUGUUCAGGUUCCUGCGUCUCCACUCCGCCCGCCAGCUCCCAACCUGCCAGACUUUGAGCCGCUGGAUGCGCUGGGCUCCCCACGGGACAUGCUUCCCCCAUCCGUAUCACCAUUUCAGAAGGGGUACCAGGCAGACUUUCGCAGCGUUUCCCCUCCUCCGCGGGGUUCCUUGCUGGCCUCGACUCCUCGCAAGUACCCGGAGGAUCUCGGUAAGGGAGGAGGAGCAGGUGACGCCAAUCUGUUGCCGCUGCAUGCAUACUCGGCACGGAGAGCUCAUGCCUCUCCUCUGCAAGAGGCUUCUAGGUGGAACAAUGUUGACUCUCAACCGGGCAAAGAAUCGUCUUGGGAUGCAGCAGACAAGGGUGAGGAAGUCAGCCGGUCAACGUCUAAAGUGGAAGCUGACGCGCAUGCAGGAAGGGCAUCGCCAUUGAGGAGCUCCCGAAGCUGGCGACAGCUCAUUCCAUCCCUUGGGAAGAUUCGAGGGGCUUCACCUCGGCGAUUGGCUGAUCCGGAUGAGAUCCCGCCGGUUGAGCCAGAUGUGAAGUUCCAGCAGGUGCAGCAGUGGCUGUGGAGCCAGCCAGACAACCCCGGUGAAGACGAGGAGGACGACUGGAAGGCACAGGAAAGGGCAGUUGAGACAUCUGAAGCUUCUCAAACUUCACCUGGAGAGCAGCCUGAAGUAAGUAGCACAAGGGCAGGUGGUGGUCACAGAGGCACGUUUGAUGCGGAGGAAAGGAGACGGAAGGGAUUGGACAUUUCUCGUCUCACUUAUGAUGUUGACGAGCCGGAGAAUGAUCUUGCUCGCGGAUCUCUCAGGGUAGCAGCUAUAAGCACCAGCAAGGUGAUGCAAGACAGGGCUAAUAAUGGGGCUUUGAGUCCUGAAGUGAGCCCGCGAGCUGGAGCAGGGACUGGGUGGAAGAAGGUGAUGGGGCUUGGCUCUUCAAACAGGAGCCCGGAGCGUGUCAGAAAAACAGGACCUGGCAGGCUUGUAACAGCCCACGAUUCUGGCAGAGUGGAGAAUAAGGCUGAGCAGUACAGGCUCUUUCGAGCGGGAUCUCCCCUGAAGGCUGUCCUUCGACGUGGUGCACCUUGAUCAUAUGCUCUUCUGACACUCAAU